UAUGCACAAAAGAUACUAAAGCCCUUGUCUCAUCUCUUAAAGCACACUUAUAGUUAAGCAUGGUGGUUAACCAGAAGACAUCCGGUCUCGCAGCCGCUAUGAACGCCAAGAUCAUCGGUUCUGGUGAGAGGUCAAUGGUAUUGGCACACGGGUUUGGAGGCGACCAGUCGGUUUGGGACAAGAUAAUACCGGUUCUGUCCCAAUCUUUUAAGGUUUUAGUCUUUGACUGGCUUUUCUCUGGAGCCAUCAAAGACCAAACUCUAUACGACCCUUCGAAGUAUAACUCCUUCGACCCCUUCGCUGAAGAUCUUAUUGCUCUUAUGGAGGAGUUGAAGUUUGGCCCCGUUGUGUUCGUAGGCCAUUCCAUGUCGGGCAUGAUCGGUUGUGCUGCUUCUAUUAAAAGGCCCGAUUUGUUUACAAAUCUUAUCCCUAUUGCUGCUUCUCCCAGGUAUAUAAACAGUGAGGAUUACAAAGGAGGGUUUGAAUCAAAAGACAUUGACACGAUCAUCACCAACGUUGGCUCCAACUACGAGGCUUGGGCGGUUGCUUUCGCCUCCACAGUGGUUGACUCAAGAGACUCUCUGUCCGUCCAAAGGUUCGAAAAAUGCCUUAAAAAGAUGAAGCCCGAGACGGCUCUUGCUUUAGCUAAGAUUGUAUUUGGAAGCGACGAGAGAGGACUCCUGGACCAAGUGUCAGUGCCUUGCCACGUCAUACAACCACGAAACGACGUCGUUGUACCUGUCUCCGUAGCUUACUUCAUGCAGGAGAAGAUCAAAGGGGAGUCGACGGUGGACAUUAUUGAGGAUGCGAUGGGUCACUUUCCACAAAUGACGUCACAUAUUGAGCUGAUUGGCGUCAUGAAGCGCCUCCUCGAGUUUUAAAGCUUGAAUAUAAUAAAUGAUUUGCGUCGAUAUUCUUCUUAUCUAUAUAAUAUGUAAUUUGAGUGUGUAUUUACUAGUACAACAAGGUAAUUUCCAGUAUAAGUUAAAAGAUCAA